AUGGAAACAAAUCCUUCUGGUUUGCCCCGUUCCCUGGAACUUGAUAAGGAGGAACGUCGACGUCGUGAAGAAGCAGUGGCUAUCGCAGAAACUGAAGACGAUGAUCCAGAUUGUUCAGGUGGUCUCGAGGGCGGACUGGGUGAUCCGGAUAAGCGGUCCGGAAAGAAGAAAGCCAAGAAGCGAAAAGGAAACAAAAAGUCCGGUAGUUCCCUCUCAAGUAAGCGGAAGAAAGUCGAUGGACCAGUGGAUGGUAUAACGGAACUUUCGCGAAAGGUCUACGACACCAUGGAGAAGUUGAAAGAAAUCUUCUUUGUCAUCCGCCUACACAGAAAUAACGCCGCGGCAUCGCUCCCCCCGAUCGUCGACCCUGACCCCCUGAUCCAAAGCGAACUGAUGGAAAGUCGUGACUCUUUCUUGCAGAUGGCUCGAGAGAAACACCUGGAAUUCUCAUCCUUGCGGCGUGCAAAGUACUCCACGAUGGUGAUGCUUUACGAACUGCACAAUGAAGGCCGUCAAAACUUCAUGUACAGUUGUAAUGUUUGCAAGGCCCAGAUCGAAACCCGGUGGCACUGUAACGAGUGUGAGGAGUAUGAUCUGUGCUCCAGAUGCUACAAGCGAGAGAAUCAUCCGCAUCAAAUGGUCCAGUAUGGCUUUGGCAUGGAUGAGGACGAGUCUAAUGCCAAUGGCGAACCUGCAGAAAAGUCCAACAGCACUGUCCAACGCAAGGGCAGCUUGGAGUACUAUGCCAAAGCACUUGCUCAUGUUUACCAGUGUCGCGAUGCGAACUGCCGUAUGCCAACCUGCGUUCAAAUGAAACAGGUUCUCUCCCACAAGCGCACCUGUACCAAACGUGCUAAUGGCACAUGCACCCUUUGCAAACAACUGGCAAGCAUGUACUGCUACCAUGCACGAUCUUGUGAAGACCCCAAGUGCCAGAUACCGUUGUGUCCAACCCUGAAGGCUCACUUUAGGCGUCAACAGAUUGAACAGCGCCGACAGCAGAGCAAGUCGUUGCAACGACGAACCAAUUUGACACGUGGAGCGACGGUGGCAAGUGAUGGCUCGUCGCAGCACCACCCCACCCAUUCACUGCCUGAAUCUCACACCCUUGCUGGUUCGGAUUCCACUAGAGGUUCUGGGGCACAAAUGACUCAACAAGGCUCAAAGGUGUCGUCUUACCCGGUUCCUUCAGAUCUCGAAAACAGCCCAAAUUCCUCCAAGAAUGUCCACGUUCCCCUCGUCACAAGUCCCCCGCCUCUCGGUCCCAACAAGUUCCUCUCAGUUGGCAAGCAAUUCCCCGGGCCCGAGUCACAUGCCUGA